AUGUGGCCUCGCGAUGAGAUUGGCGCGGUCUUGGCGGGCCUGCUGGGGGCGGCCUUCGGUGGUCGCGCCGGCUCCGUCGCCGCAGCGGCGCAGGUCGAGUUCGUCGCUGGGACCGACCCUGGCGCGCGCGAGGGCGGUCGGCCCCUCGGGUGGCACGCUGCAAUUGCACGCCACAUGGCGGAGCUUUGCGAGAGCGUGGAGCCGAACGAUUUUGCCGACGAGCGCACGCGCCAGUGGGUUCUUGACCAUAUCAGAUCGGGAGCUGCCCCCGCGAGCGAGCCAGGCGACUGGCCGACGGCCCGCAUCUCUCGCGCCCAG